AUGAAUUACGCAAGGCAUGGUGCAAGAUCCAUCAGCAGUGGAGUUUACAACCUGGUCCAGGGUGGGGAGCUCCUGGCCUACGGUGCGCUUGCGGACGCUGGUUUCUCGGGAGACUGGAGCCGCAUCGGAGUGCUCACAACGGACCAGGAGGUGCUGGCCCAGCAGGCCUGGUGGUUCAUCCUGGUAGCUCAUUCGGUAGUGGCGGCCAUCACGGCGAUGUACGCGCAGAGACAGGGCUACCCACCGCUCCAGGCCGGCGCCCGGGGCCUCUUAUUCGGCACACUGGGGCUGUACGACGUCUAUGUCCGCUGCCAGGGCAAGCGCGCCCAACAAAAUUAG